GACCACCCCGACGCCCGCCGAGCCCGAGGGCGUUUCAGGGUACUUCGCGCACGCCCAGCGCGCGUCGUCCGAGAUCCUUCAUCAGCCCCAUCCACGCGCGCACGAGCAGUCCACGCUCCCUGCCUCGCUUCCUUCUCACGUCCUCUCCUUCCCCGAGGUCCCGCCAUCGCGAGAAUCCAAGAUAGCCGCGAACGCGAAAGUCAUCACGCAUUCCAACCCGUUUGCGGCGCAUACGUAUGUCCCGCCCAGCGGCGCGCCAGGGUUUGGCGGGGAUAGGGAGUGGAACAAGGGCGGGUUCGAGUUUGAGAAGGAGGCGGUGGAACGGAAGAGUGUGAGGCUUCUGGGCAGGAAGGAGAUGACGAGCCCCGUACUGACGGUCGAGAUCGCUGACCAGAUACGUCCGUACCUCCCCGCGCUCGCGCGCCUCCCUAAAUCGUGGUCCCUCCUCUACUCUCUCGAUCAGCAUGGUAUCUCCCUCAGCACGCUCUAUACGCGGUGCCAGUCCCACCCCGGCGGCGCGCUGCUCGCGAUCAAGGACUCGGGCGACGCGGUGUUCGGCGUAUGGGUCGGCGAGGGCGUGCACCCGUCCAAGGGGUCGUACUAUGGUGGCGGCGAAUCGUUUCUGUGGCGGAUGCAGGGCGGCAAGGUCAAGGUGUACAGAUGGGCGGGCAAGAACGACUACGUCGCCCUGUGCGAACCCGAUUACCUUGGCUUUGGCGGCGGCGACGGGCACUAUGGGCUGUACCUGGACGACACGCUCCUGGACGGCUCGUCCGCACGGUGCCCAACGUUUGGCAACGAGCCGCUGUGCAGCAGAGGCCCGCGCAAGGGUGAGAACGUAUCAUUCGAAUGUGUUGGAUUGGAGAUAUGGGGGAUGGGCCCGUAGUGCUCGCUAUCCCCAUUUGUUUUGUUUCGUCCGGAGGACUACCGGCGCACCCUGCAUUGUGACCUUUUUUUUGCUCG